AUGGAGAAGGCCCCUGACAUGUGCGCACCGCGUCCGCCACACUCCGCCGUGUCCAAGGUCGCCUCUGUGCAGCGUCACAACAACUCUGCGGAAACCGCAGUCGAGGAUGCUGUGGUGGAGCCCGUUGCAGACAGCAAAGUGGCGGCACCAGAUUCAGCAAUCGUGGAGACUGCGCAGCAAGCAGCCCAGGCCACAGUGAGUAUGGCGGCUGUGCAGGAGUCGGAGCCGUCGGAGCAGUUGGAGCACGAGACAACACAAGAGGAGAACGAGGAGUCGGAUUUGCCGAAGGGCGGCUCGGUGCUUCGCCGGCCCCUCAGCCUGCUCGCGCUCGCCGCGCUCGCGCUGGUGGGGCCAUGA